AUGCGGAUAGCAAAUACGGCUAUCAAACGAACCAGACAUCCAAUACCAACUGUGGAAUCUGUAUCCAUGGAACUCAAUGGAGCACGUAUAUUUUCAAAGCUUGAUCUUGCUCAAGCAUACCACCAACUAGAGCUAUGUCCAGCAUCCCGCAGCAUCACAACAUUCUCAACUCAUUGCGGUCUCUAUCGUUAUAAGCGAUUAAACUAUGGAACUAAUGCCGCAGCUGAAUUAUUUCAACAUAAUCUGCAGGAAACAUUGCUAGGAAUUAAAGGGGUCAAGAACAUUGCUGACGACAUAAUCGCAUUUGGAAGUAAUAGAGCAAACCAUGACCGUGCACUGGAUGAAGUUCUUACCCGAUUACAAGAUCACAAUCUCACACUUAAUUGCCAAAAGUGCAAGUUCCUGAAGAAGAACCUUGAGUUUUUUGGGUUAUUAUUCUCAGAACAUGGGGUCUGCCCGGACCCAAAAAAGACUCCCAAACGCAACAUCGCCGAAGAAUACAUCACGUUUGUCACGACAAAUGCAGCUCAAAAUGCCACCAUAUCAAUUGAAGUCAUCAAAGAACAUACGACCAAAGACAUAAGUCUUCAGGCGGUAAGAACAGCGGUCGAGUCGGGUGAUUGGAGCAAUCAGUCUGUGAAACCAUUUCUUAACAUCAAAGAUGAAAUAUCUGUGGACAACACGAAUGGCAUACUCCUACGAGGAACGCGGAUUAUCAUUCCAACAACCGUAAAAACAAGCGUUGUGAAGCUGGCCCACGAAGGCCACCAAGGAAUAGCCAAAGCUAAAGCUUUGUUACGCCAAUACGCCUGGUUCCCUAAUAUGGAGAAGGCCGUCAAGGAUGAAAUUGAAGCCUGUCUACCAUGUCAAGUAAAUGGAUCAACCAGCCCACCAGAACCAUUAGCAAGUCCAGAAAUGCCAGAGGGCCCUUGGCAAACCAUCCAUGCUGACUUCUAUGGUCCGCUCCCUACUGGACAAUAUAUCAUCGUGCUGAUCGAUAAGUAUUCGCGAUACCCAGAAGCCGAAAUAAUCUCAAGUACCUCCGCCAAAGCACUGAUCCCUGAAAUAGAUGCUAUUUUUGCACGGCAUGGAAUCCCAUUAAAGUUCAAAUCUGACAACGGUCCACCGUUCAACAGUAAGGAAUUCUCCAAAUAUCUACAUAAACUUGGGGUGAAGCACGAGAUAUCAAUCCCGGAGUGGCCGCAAGGAAACUCAGAGGCCGAGGCAUUCAUGAAGCCUUUAGCUAAAGCGAUCAAAACAGCCCGUGCGGAACAUCGCAAUUGGACACAAGAACUUUCAAGAUUCUUACUCAGCUAUCGCACUACGCCUCAUUGUUCAACCAAUGUCCCACCAGCUCAACUACUAUUUAACCGACCAUUGAGAGGUAUCCUACCAAUGCUAAACCCCAAGGACAAAGUGCUAAAUAGACAUAAAGAGGCGCAGGCGAAUGAUUUUGAAGCGAAAUCGAAAGGAAGAGAAUUGGGAAACAAAAGAAGAAGAACUAAAGAAUCAGAUAUCAGGGUGGGAGACAAAGUCCUCUUAAAACAAAGGAAGAAAGAUAAAUUCACAACAAAAUUUGAGCAAACACCAUACACAGUGAUUUAUCGUAGAGGAGCUAAAGUAGUCGCUGAGAACCAUAACCAUCAAAUAACCAGAAACACAUCGUUCUUUAAAAAGAUAAGAGACAAGUCGAGAGAAUCAACUGAUGAAGAUGAAUACAACAUCCACGAACAGCCGUACAGACACAACCAAUGCGUACCAAAAUGUGAAGAACCAGAACACAUCAUAGAACCAGAACCAGAAGAGCCAGCUCCAAGGAGAUCAACCCGACAAAGAAAAAUAACAGAACAAUAUGGGAACUCAAUAAACCCUGACUUUGUUAUCCGUUAA